UGCGUGCUUCAGUAGCUCCGUUUUGAUUAACUAAGGUCGAUUUAUGUCGUAUAACCCUUAGAUAAUCCCCAGUAGUAAUUUUGUGAAGCUGUGAAAAUGUCGUCUUUGUUUUCAAUCGGCGAAGAUGAAAUGGAUCUUGAUGAUGAGGAUUGCUUAUUGGCAGCUUGUGUCACAGGGAGUUCAGUUCAGUGCACCACCGAUAAUUCUCAGACGAAUUCAGUUUUACAACAAGGCAGUUCUACAGAUAGCUCCCAAACACAACUCUUGAGAGCAAAAGAAGUAGAGAAAUUUAACAGUCAUUAUUCAAGAAGGCCAUUUCAAUCACUUGGCAACAUAAACACUAGUGGCGGGGUUAGUGAACAGAAAAGAUCUUCCACAGAGCAAAUGCACAGAAGUUUUUCAUUUGCAAGUACAACUAUCCUGCAAAGGAACAACACAACGUCUUCAGCUAAUGGAUUUCCUGCCCCUCUGGCUAAAAGAUUUGCAUUUGAUAAUAAUUCAUCACCUAAACCUUCGUCCAGAAAUAGGGCCAGUUUGUUACGAUCAUCUUCCACACCAUCAAUCAAGACUGCAGAAAGUACCACAGUGGUGCACUCAUCAGACAAAAUUUAUCCAACGUGCAAUUCCUCACCAUUUCAGAGGAAAGUAUCAAGCAGAGAUUCACAGUUACAGGAAUUUUCAAAGUGCAACUUAAAACCUGGAGAUUCACUUGAAUCUAAUAAAAGACUGGAUCCUUCAAACAAAGUUCUUUUGCCAUCUAAUUCAACAUCAAACUUUCUAUCCAAAAAAGAACUUUCACUACUCCACAGUCCAAAUAUUUCUACUGGUUUUAGAUCUUUCCAUAAUUCAAAAGCUACAGAUACAAAGACAAUGAGUCCAGUCUGGCAGCAAAAAGGGUCUUUGAGAUAUACACCAUUGUUAAAUGGUGAAGCAAAAGAUUCUCCUCUACCUAUAAGCAAAACAAGUUCUUCCUUUUGCAAUCAAACAGAAAGACAUUCUGCCAACACUUUUCAUGGCAAUCUGAAUGAAACUAAAGCUUCUGAAACCCCUGUAAUGUCCAAGCAGAGUGGGCAUACUGGUUCAAACACUUCACAGGGUCACCAAGCUGUUACUCCUGUUGUAAACAGAAGCCAUUCAAGAACUCCAUCUGUUAGCAAAACUUCAACAUCUAGGAAAUUUCCUGGACCUGCUGGUCUUCUGCCAAAACUGAGUCCUGGACAAAAGCUUGAUGAUACAUCUUUAGUAUCUCCACUUCCGUCCACGAGAAAAAAAUCUCCAGCAGAGAACAAAGUACAUGUUUCCCAGUCAAACACUUCAGAAGAUGAUGAUUUCAAUCGAGAUCCAUGGACAUACAUGCAUCAGGACUUCUUAAAGAAUGUUCCACUGGCAAAGAGAUACACUAUCAUCAGAGUAUAUAAUGAGGCAAUCCAACAAAGACUCGAACAAGGUAAAGUGCCCUGCCUGUGUGCGCUGGUCAAAGCAUUUUCACUCACAGAAGCAGAUGCUAGUGUUUUGCUCAAGGAUCCAACAGGUACAAUUGGUAACAGCCAUCCAUGUACAUGUUGAUGUCUUCUAUCACCUUAAUAAUUGUAGUAAACAGUUAAUCUUUUUCUGAUCUGCUGAUGGUCAAGAUGAACUGAAUUGCACCAUCUGCAGAUUUCAUUAAGCGCUAGGCAAAGGGCAAAUUGACCAGCUCUGAAGCUGAUUUUGCCCACCUGGUUUGAUCAUCUGGUG